UUUUAUCCUCCCCGGUUCCCCCCCCACCCACCCUCUACCAAGCCCUCCCCGCCCGGCGCCAAGAUGAUGAAGUUUCGGUUCCGCCGGCAGGGAACCGACCCGCAGAGGGAGAAGAUCAAACAGGAGCUGUUCGCCUUCAACAAGACUGUGGAGCAUGGCUUUCCCCAUCAGCCAAGUGCUUUGGCCUUUGACCCCAAACUGCAACUUAUGGCCAUUGGAACAAAGUCAGGAGCCAUCAAAGUUUACGGAGCCCCUGGUGUUGAGUUCACAGGACUACACCAAGACACCACUGCAGUCACACAGAUCCACUUCCUGCCUGGACAGGGGCGGCUGCUGUCGCUGCUGGAUGACAACACCAUCCACCUGUGGGAGCUCGUGGCCGGGGCCCCCAGAGAGGUGGGAGGAGUUAAGAAAGAGGGUGCGGCCUCUCUCCAAGAAGUGGACAGCUACAUCCUCCCAGGAAGACCCGGCAUCGAGAGCUGCAGUGCCACUCGGGUGACCGUACUCCUGCUGCUGAGGUCAUGUGACCUGCUCUGCAUCGGAACGGAGGGAGGGGGCGUGUACUUCCUGCAGUUGCCCCACCUGUCACUGAGAGACGACCAGACGCUGCUCCAGGAUCAGGUCACGCAGAGCCUGCCAGAUGACUACAGAUGUGGGAAAUCUUUAGGGCCGGUGGAGUCACUUCAGGAGCACCCGCAGCAUUCUGGGAAGAUUCUGAUCGGCUACAGCCGAGGCCUGGUGGUCCUGUGGGAUCUGAGCACCCAUCAUGCCGACCAGCUCUUCCUGGGCAAGCAGCAGCUGGAGAGCCUGGUGUGGGAACGCACUGGAAACCUGUUUGUCAGUUCCCAUAACGAUGGGGGCUACUCUGUGUGGCCGGUUACUGGUGGCAACACCUGCAAUCACCAGCCAAUGUCCUCCAACAUCCCGUAUGGUCCAUUUCCCUGCAAGGCCAUCAGCAAGAUCCUGUGGAGGACAGUCGAGACGGGUUCUCCGGUGCUGUUGUACAGUGGGGGGAUGCCCAGAGCCAGCUACGGUGACCGCCACUGUCUGACCAUCCAGCAGGACAAAGACCACGUCACCUUCGACUUCACAUCACGAGUCAUUGACUUCUUCACCGUUCACAACACCGAGCAGGAGAAAGAGUGUGAUGACCCCUCGGCGGUGGUCGUGUUACUAGAAGAAGAGCUGGUUGUAAUUGACCUCCAGACCCCCGGGUGGCCCACUCUGCCGACUCCCUACCUAGCUCCUCUCCACUCGUCCGCCAUCACCUGCUCCUGUCACAUCUCCAGUGUUCCUCCUAAACUGUGGGAGCGGCUGGUCAACGCAGGCAAAGCACAGCAGGGCUCGCUACACACAAACAGGAGUUGGCCCAUAUGUGGAGGGACAAACCUGGCACCCCCACCCAAACAACAAGAGCUGCUGUUGACAGGACAUGAGGACGGCACUGUUCGCUUCUGGGAUGCCUCGGGCGUCGCUCUCACGCCGCUGUACAAACUGAGCACAGCCAACGUCUUCCACACGGACUGUUACCCCUGUGACGACCCCCACGACCCAGGAAGUGACCCGGACCUGCAGCAGGAGGAGGAAUGGCCUCCCUUCAAGAAGGUGGGCUGUUUCGACCCGUACAGCGAUGACCCCCGACUCGGCAUCCAGAAGAUCAGUAUGUGCAAAUACAGCAACAAGCUGGUGGUGGCUGGAACUGCUGGACAGGUGAUAGUGAUGGGUUUGAGUGACGAGCCCUCGGACCACUUCGUGGACGUGUCGGUGGUCGAUCUGCUUCAGGACCGGGAGGGCUUCACCUGGAAGGGCCACGACCGGCUGGAUCCACGCCUCAAACCCGCCCCCUUCCCUCCAGGCUUCCAGCCUCUGGUGCUGGUGCAGUGCAUGCCCCCGGCCUCAGUCACAGCGGUGGCGCUGCAUGCCGAGUGGAACCUGAUCUCCUUUGGGACAAGUCAUGGGUUUGGCUUGUUUGACUACCACAGACGAAACGCUGUGCUGGCCAGGUGCACCCUGCACCCUAAUGACUCCCUGGCGAUGGAGGGCCCCCUGUCCAGAGUCAAGUCCUUAAAGAAAUCCUUACGGCAAAGCUUUAGACGCAUUCGCAAGAGCAGAGUGUCGGGGAAGAAACGCCCCAUCACCACACCCACCAGCAAGGUGCAAGAGGCCAACGCUGCUUUAGCCGAGCAGGAGGACAUGGCUCCUGUACAGCGGAGGAUCGAGCCCCGGUCAGCAGACGACUCGCUGUCUGGAGUCGUCCGAUGUCUCUGCUUCGCCGACACCUUCCUGCGUGAUGCUACACACCACGGCCCCACACUUUGGGCGGGCACCAAUUCGGGCAGUGUGUACGCCUACGCCCUGGAGGUCCCCGGCAUCGGCUCGGGACGGGCGUGUGAGCGGGGCGGGGCGAGCGAGGGCAGCGUGUGUGUGGAGGCGCUGCUGGGUAAAGAGAUUCAGCUGAUGCACCGGGCGCCUGUGGUGUCGAUCUGCGUGUUGGACGGCCGGGGGAAACCGUUACCGGACCCGUACGAAGCCUCCCAGGACCUCGCCAUCGCUCCGGAUAUGACCAACGCUCACUCGGUCCUCAUCGCUUCAGAGGAACAGCUCAAGGUGUUCUCUCUCCCCAAGGUGAGCGCCAAGACCAAGUUCAAGCUGACGGCGCAUGAAGGCUGUCGGGUGAGGAAGGUGGCCCUGGUGGUCUUCAGCUCCACGGCUCAGGAAGACUACAGCGAACACACACUGGUGUGUCUCACCAACAUGGGGGACAUGCACCUCUUCAACAUCCCGGCCCUGCGACCACAGGUUCAUUACGACUGCAUCCGCAAAGAAGACAUCAGCGGUAUUGCAUCCUGUGUCUUCACCAAGAAUGGACAGGGCUUUUACCUGAUCUCUCCCUCAGAGUACGAGAGGUUCUCACUGUCUGCGAAGGUCGUCACUGAGCCGCUGUUCUCCGUUCAGCUGGAUCGAUCACUAGAACCCACACUUGCCUGCGACGGUAUGACGACGCAGCCGCAGGCCAACGGAACCCACAAGAACCAGAUGAGUCAGGCUGAGGGACAAACAGAGGAGCUUCCCGGUUCCCUGUCCUCUCCCAACCUGGACACCCCGCUGGACUCCCCCCUCAGCUGCGCCGACCUCACCCUCGACUCCACCGGAGAACUCACCGUGGAGGACGUCAGGGAUUUCCUCACCACUGUGGACGAGGCAGAGAACAACCUGAAGAACAUUAAGGAGGAGGAGGGACACUCGACUGGCAUCCUCAUCAACUGAACAAUAUUGACAGGAAGGGGCACCAGUGGGAAAGUGGCAGAUUUCAGUGCUGCACCACAGACGUCUCCCAUCAGCCCACUGUGGAUCCCCCCCCUGCCCUCCCGCCCGCACUCUGCACUCUCCUGCCCGGCACAGACUGAGAGGAAAGCCUCACCACGGACAAGCAGCUCAAUGUUGAAGACUCGGUUUGGCUUCUUCUACCGGAGGAACUCAAAUCUUCUUCUUCUCUAAACCACUUUGGAGACAAUGAAGGUCCAGUUGAGGAUCGUCUGGUUCUGGACAGACUUGGACGUGACGAUUCUCAUUUCAUGAACUACAGGCUGAACCUUCUGUCGUCCAUCUUGACGCCCUGUGUGAUUAUUCCUCCUCGGCCUUUCCCCUGGACGCCUCGCUCUAUGACUCCAGGAAAGAGACUUUAACGGAAGCUGUUCCAUGUUGUUAUUUUUCUAUCCAGAGUUCUGUGGCGCUCGGCUCGGUCUGAGCUUCUCCCACAGUUGGAACUGUCGGUUCCUCGUGCACACUAGUGAAAGUGAAGGACUGUUCCUCAGGCUGCUGACGACCUGAAGAUGUCCAGCAGAGACUGAAGGAGGGAGAGCUGUAGCGUUUCACAGAGGUCAAGACCUAGCAAUGAAGUAUUUUGAAUAUUAGAGUAUUGAAAGUUGUAGCAUUUCUAUUCUUCCCCCUCGAAGGUGCCAGUACGGGCAGUUGAGUUGCCUUCACCCGGAGAGGAGGUGGAGCAUUAAUCAGCUGUUUCUGGUUCGAACCGGACGUCGCACACAAGCACAUUUUCUCCCCAGGUUUUAAACGGGCUCUGCCUCGUCUCUCGGUACUGAAGAAAAACCAUCUGAAGGGGUUUUUGCAAAAGAUUUACACUGUUAAAUAUGUUUUUAUGGCUUUUGGAGAAGGUAAAGAUGUAAAGAAAGAAAUAUAGAGUGUUGGGGGGGGGGGGGGGGCAAGAAGAAAGAACUGACAGCAAUGACAAAGGGAACCAGCAGAGGAGGGAAGUGAAGUUGUCCUUUAUAUUAAGGACUAGAGCAGAUUCAGGUGAAAUUAUACUUUUACUAAAUUAAUGUUCUUAAGUUUCAAAACAGAUUCUUGGUUUCUCUCAACUACCUUUUUUAAAAAUUUGUUAUAUUCUGAUUGGUCAGUGUAAAAUGUCUAAAUGUGAAGAAGAGGUGGCCGGUUCGAUGUUUUAAUGGUACGACCCAGCUGCAGCCUCAGUGGAACAUCUGGCUGCUCUUUAAUGUGACUUCACUGGCAGUUUUGAAGAGUAAGAGGUGUCCCUUCUGGGCUCCUGUAGAAACGUAGGACACAACAUGGCGGCUGACGAGGCGCCUCUCCCUCUGUCGAUAUGAAGGGCUCAAUGUAAGCUGAACUAAAAACGUAAAAUAAACACAGAUGAAAAUAAUAAUCAGGUUUUUGUCAAUAGAUCCGAUGUUAAAAUCAAAUCCUUGUUUGGAAGAUGAAGAUGGAGUCGGAGCUCCUUCCUCCCCUGAAUGUUUGGAUUCAGCACGUGUGGCAAGGGAAGCAAAGUCAGUCUGAAGGAUGAGUGGGAUGUGUCGGUCUGUGUACAGGUGCAUUCUGGGUAAUAUUGGCCUAGAUACAGACGUUUUGAGUUCACCGCCACUUUUUAAAAUAAUUCACUGUAUUAAUUAAAACAACAAACUGAUCCAGAAUCUAUAUCUAGUUCUUCUAAAGACAAGUUUAACACGAGCCGAGGAUAGUAAAACCGCUCGGUUCUUCUAGCUUCUCCAUCACCUUGUGUAAAACGUAAAAAAAAAGGGACCUCACUACUAACGUAGCUCGACAGGUAGGAAUCAUGUUCACGCUUCUUUUUUUACUCUUGUGUUAGUUUCUUUUUUUUUGGUGUUCUGGUUGAAUAAUUAACCCUUUCAUGCUCCAGCUUUAACUCCACAAUUAUGACUCGUUUGUUUCUACUUUGUGAUUCAGUUUCGUGUGUAGGAUUUUAAUCAGGUCAUUUAGCUUCUUUUUUUCGGCUGAAUAAGAAUUGUGAAUGUUAAUAAAAUUAUUUACUCUCUAA